AUGGAUGAGGGAAAAAUCCAUAAGAUAUUAGAGGAGGCAUUUCAAACUACCAUCGCUUUGUAUGAGGUUAAAGGUGAGGCUGAAGCAUUUGCAGUGGAGGCCAAGGGUCGUGCUGAGGCUGAGCAGAUGGUGAAGAAGGCAGAGGCCUUCAAGGAGUACAAGGAGGGCGCCAUGGUGGACAUGCUGCUGGAGAAACUGCCUUUGAUGGCAGAAGAGAUCAGCAGGCCUCUGUGUGAAGCCAAAAAAGUUACCAUGGUAUCCAGCGGAGGUGGAGAUGUGGGCGUGGCCAAACUCUCAGGAGAGGUGCUGGACAUCAUGACCCAGCUGCCUGAGGCGCUGGAGAAAAUGACUGGCGUAAACAUCUCCCAGGUAACUCUGUUUAUGUUACACCUACCUGCACUCAUGCAUCUACAGCUUAUAGCUGCUACCGACCAAAUUUAA